AUGAAGUUCAAUACAUGGAAAAUAGCCAAAAUUUAUCUUGAAAAUUUUGCAAAACAAGAAGGAUUUUACUUUCGUAAAAGACGUUGUGUUUGUGAUCCAGUUAAUAAUUCUAUAAUACAUCAUCAUACUUUUGAAUGUUCUCAUAUACAAAAACAUGAAGCUAAAAAGGUUGCUUUAAUAACAAAUCAAAGAAAUAGAGAUUCAGAGAUAAUUUGUGAACAUAAUCAUCCUAUGAAUCCUUUUAUUAGAAAAUCUGCAUCAAGAUUUCGAUGA